CGCCAGUGCUCUGAACCGACGGUGGUACAUACAACAUAAUAUUACAUAUAUAUAUAUUACACAAGUGUGAAUAAGUAUCCUACAUUUAUAACGGAGGGACAAGGACUCGAGAAGAAUAGCAGCAUCAAUCCACCGAGCGCCAGGGCUGAUAUAGUUGAGCACCCAAGUAAACACCUAUAUAUGUAUAUACGCCCUACGACAUCAAACUACAAGUUCGAUUGAGUGAGUUUCGGAGCGCCUGCGUCGUUGCUACAUUUCGUCGCAGCAGGGAUCCGGCUUCAUAUACUAUUUUUCCCCGGCUUCGAUUUCUCGUCCUCCUCGAGUCGGCUCUCCCGUUGUCCUUAUACACGCAAGGGCUGGUGUUCCGUGCGCGGUAGUCCUGUGUGCGUCUACUAUUUCCUGGUCCGCGGAGGAGCAUCCUCGAGAUGAGUACGCCGGUGAAGAAGGUGCCGAUACACCUACAGAGCUCGCAGAAUAGAUUGCUCAUUAAAAAUGGCAAGAUCGUCAACGAGGAUGCCGUUUUCGAUGCCGAUGUCUACAUCGAAGAUGGCAUCAUCAAGCAACUCGGCCGGAACUUGAUAAUCCCCGGGGGUACCCGGACCAUAGACGCGCGCGGGAGGUACGUGAUGCCGGGUGGCAUAGACCCGCACACGCAUUUCGAGCUCGAGCUCAUGGGCGCGAGGUCGGUUGAUGACUUUUACCAGGGCACGAAGGCCGCCGUAGCCGGUGGCACUACCACCGUCAUCGACUUUGUCAUACCGAGGGCCGACGAGACCCUACUCGAGGCUUACGACAGGUACAGGACUUCCGCUGACGAGAAGGUCUGCUGCGACUAUGCCCUUCACGUGGCCAUCACCAAAUGGAACAACAAGACGAAAGAGGAGAUGGCCGCGUUGGUUCAGCAAUUUGGUGUGAAUAGUUUCAAAUUCUUCAUGGCGUAUCGUGAUCUGUUCAUGCUGAGGGAUCCAGAACUGAUAGAGGCUUUCAAGAUAUGCAAGAGCCUUGGUGCUGUGGCGAUGGUGCACGCCGAAAACGGCGAUAUCAUUUAUGAGGUUGCAUGCCCGCUGUACGUGGUGCAUGUGAUGAGUCGAAGCGCAGCCGAGGAGGUCGAGGCGGCCCGGGGACGCGGCGUGUGCGUCUGGGGCGAGACCCUAGCCGCGGCCCUCGGGGCCGAUGGCACGAGCUACAGCCACCAGUGCUGGAGACACGCGGCCGCCCACGUGCUCAGUCCACCGCUCAGGCCUGACGUCGACACGCCCACUGAGCUCAUGAAGAAGCUCAACUCGGACGGGCUGCAGGUGACCGGGAGCGACAACUGCACGUUCAACGCGGACCAGAAGGCCCUGGGCAAGGAUGACUUUUCCAAGAUCCCGAACGGGGUGAACGGCGUGGAGGACAGGCUGUCCGUCGUUUGGGAGAAGGGCGUGCACGCGGGCCUGAUGGACCCGACGCGUUUCGUCGCCGUCACCUCCACCAACGCCGCGAAAAUCUUCAACCUGUACCCCAAAAAGGGGGUCAUUGCCGUCGGCUCCGACGCCGACAUCCUCGUCUGGGACCCGACCAAGAAGCGCACCAUAUCAGCCGAGACCCACCACCAGGCCGUUGACUUUAACAUAUUUGAGGGUAUGGAGAUCCACGGCGUGCCGGAGUACGUGGUGGUCGGCGGCCGAGUCUGCGUGGACGAUGGCGAUAUCAAGGUGGUUCACGGCUUCGGUAAAUUCCUCGAGACACUGGCCUAUCCGUACUACGUGUACGACAGCGUGGAGGAGCGGGAAAAGCAGCCGCGCGGAGUGGCCCGCAGCGAGGCCGAUGCUCGCAAGUUCGCCGAGGAAGACGCCAUUCUGACCAAAGCUCGCGAAGCCGCCAGGUUGGCCAAAGCAGCGGCUGCAGCGGUAGCCCAGAACAACGAAGCGUUGUACCAGACCAAUGGGCAUCACAACCACCAACAACAGCCCAUGGGCGGCUGUAGGCCCGGGGCACCUUUCAUCUGUCCGACCCCGACUCUUCCUAAUUCAGCCAUAGCCACGCCCUCGGUCAAGGGCCCGCGCCUCGAGGGACAGAGGAACCUCCAGGACUCGACCUUUUCCAUCAGCGAGGAUACCAAGGAGACAUCGCGAUCUUGCAUCCGUGUCAAUAACCCACCGGGUGGACGCAGUGCCGGUGGCUUCUGGUAAAUCUAGCUAUAUCUCCACGAUGUAUUCACUCAUACGAAUUAAAAUCAAACGGGACAAAUGAACGAGGUGUCGAAGUGGGAGUCAGGAGAAUAGAAAAUGUAAAAAAAAAAAAAAUAAUAAUAAUAAUUAAAAAAAAGUGCAGCCAAAAAGGAAAUGUUGCAGCUAAGUAUGUACGUGUAGAGAAUCUCUCUCACUUUCUUUUGCGCGCGUGGACCAUUGGAAUGUCCUAUUUCAUGACGACCGCGUAGGCUUUAAGCGUCUACUUAUAUAUAUACAUAUACUUACACUAUCGAUACAUAUAUAUAAAUGUUCUUGGUUGAAAUCGAGAGUCUGUUUAUUAUUGAUUGCUAUGUAUUUUUAUUGAAAAAAUAUAUAAAUAUAUAUCUAUAUGUAUAAUCUGAUGUUGGGUGAAGAAACUCUAUCUUUUUAAGCACACGAGUCAAUUUUUUUUAUCUCUGUUCUCUUCUUUACAUUACGCGACUUUUUUUAAUGUAAUUUUUUUCUGCACCACGCAGUACGAAAUUCACUUUUAUCGACUCUGAAAGUAUUACGGAAUUGAAAAUCAUGUACUUGUUUCAACUACAAAAAAAAAGAAAAAAAAAGUCAAGUACUCUGGAAAAUCAAUGUUUUGAUAUAGAUUUUGUUACGUUUGCGGUUAAUCGAUCAAAUGUUUUCCUUUCCAUAAUUUUAGCAACGUGAGCGACAAAUUUUAGAAUACGGCUAAUGCGAACAAAGUUGCAUUACGUAAUUGUUUAUUAUACACGUAGUCACAGGUAUUUAGUGCGUAUUAUCGUUUGAAACAUGAUUACAUUUGUAACAAUUGUUAUAUAUAAGACGCUAAACGUUACCAUGAGAAAAAAAAGAAAAAAAAAAGGAAAAUAUAUAAACACGUAUAUACAUUAAUUAAGAAAUGUCUUGAUAAUUGUUUAAUUACGUUGCAUAAAUGGCAUUGAGCAUUGAAUGUAGUUUAAAAGCAAAUAAUCACCAGAGAAUUUGUAUGAUGAAAAAAUAUAUUUUCAUCCGUGUCGUCUGUGCGCGUCAAGAACCAAAUAAUAAUUAUGUUAGUACACUACAAUUUUUCUAUGCAUCGACAAAAACUUGAUGCUGGCCGAUAUAAAAUUAACAUUAAAAAAAAAAAAAAAGAAUAAAUAAA